AUGGUUUUUUCCUCCAUUCCAGCUUAUCUUGAUCCAUCCAACUGGCAACAGCAACCAAAUCAUCAUCACUUUACAGGAAGCACCAGCAACAACAGCAACAUAAACAACAACAACAAUUCUCACCUCCUUCCACCUCCGCCACCGCCUUCAAACCCUCAUGGUGGCGGCAGUGGCGCAGGUGGUGUGGGCUCAAUCAGGCCAGGCUCCAUGGCAGAUCGAGCCCGCAUGGCCAACAUCCCGCUCCCGGAACCGGCACUAAAAUGCCCCAGGUGCGAUUCCACCAACACCAAGUUCUGCUACUUCAACAACUACAGUCUCUCCCAGCCCCGCCAUUUCUGCAAGACCUGCCGAAGGUACUGGACACGGGGCGGCGCGCUGAGAAACGUUCCCGUGGGAGGAGGCUGCAGGAGGAACAAAAGAAGCAAAGGAAGCAGCAGCAGCGCCUCCAAGUCUCCGGUCAGCAGCUCGGACCGGCCAACCGGUUCGCCCGGUUCAUCAGGUCAAGCAAAUAUUGGCUUAAACAACACCGCAAGCACAGCAGAUAAUAAUAUUAUGAUGAGCCCACAAAUCCCACCGCUGCGUUUCAUGUCUCCUUUUGCCACCGACAUGGCCUUAAAUUAUGGCAUGAACGUUAACAAUUAUGGCGGCGGCGGGGGAGUAGGAGACAUGAACAGUUUUCAUCAGAUGGGGAGCGGCCUAGGGAGUAUCGGUGGGUCGCUCUUUAAUUUCCAGCAGCAAACGCCGUCUUUUCCCUUCUUGACAGCUGGCGGCGGGCUGGACCCUUCGCCGGCGGCUGCGGGGAUGAUGUUCGAGAACAGUGGAGUUGAGGUGACGGGUUACAAUCAGGUGCGGCCGAGAGCACCGUCUGGUCAUGGUGUUGCGGGGAUGAACUCACAGAUGGCUGCGGUCAAGAUGGAGUUAGAAAGUCAACAACAUCAUCAAAAUCAAAAUCAAAGUCAAAACCAGGAGUUGAAUUUGUCGAGGCAGUUGAUGGGUAUGAGCUCAGGAAAUGAUCAGUAUUGGGGUAAUGGCAGCGGCGCCGGCGGUGGCGGCACUAGUAAUACUUCAUGGACUGAUCUUUCUGGGUUUAGCUCUACAACUUCCACACCUAGCAACAAUAUUAAUAAUCCCCUAUAA